AUGGAAGCUCUACGGCCGGUACAGCAACACCCGCCGCAGCAAGAUGAUAUAGAUCAACUACCACCCCCACCUGAACCGUUUCCUUUACAUCAAUUGGUUGGAACUUCUUCUUCUUGGAGGGUUGAUGGGAAUGGAUCUCUUACAAGGAGUGACGGUAGCAAGCAAAACGUCCGCAAUUACCUCUCAUCAGUCCAACAAUCAUGCAUCAAUGCCCUCUCCUCCCUCCCACCCGAUCCAUCUUACACCUACACCGCAAAUGGGACCAGCUUAUCCGAAUCAAGUUCCCAACUAUCCUCCGCCCUGACAGAUCUCUUAGAAGUGACAUACGAACUAGACGAGCUGCUACCACCCUCUACAGAUCCUACACCCUCUGCACUACAUACCGACACUUUCCCUGAUACACCCCAGCCCGACGAAGAUGAACCUCAGGAAAACAAAAUCAAGAAUUCUUUCAACGCUUUGACAAAUCUGCUAGAGGGUCUGCAGGAUGCUAGAUUACAGGAUGAUGUGGAAUUACCACGACAGAAAGAGUCGCAGACAGAAAGAAAAGAAGGCGAAUUGCACCCUGCUAUUAAAGUUGUAAGAGAAGAAUUAGCUUGGCAGAGGUUGGAAAGUUUGAUGUUUGCUAUAAUCAGCUUGUCACAAGGUGGAAGUCCAUCUUUAGUCUCGGCUGAAGGACUAGCGCAGGAGCAGCAUUCGGAAUUGAAACAGAAAAAUUCAAGUACUCCGUCAACGUUUGGAACUGAUAAUGGAUUACCACCCUCCUAUGAACAAUUUUCAGACCAUCAACAUCGACCGGCUUCUCAAACAGAUAAUUUAUCUUUACUACCUUCCUAUCAAGAUAUACAUUCCGACCACAACCUAGAUCAGGAUCAAGCUGGACCCUCUUCUCCGAUCAAAUCGAAACAACUGAAAGAACCGUCCCCGUCCAACGGGCCUACAGCGACGAGAGAAAAGAUGUUACAGGAGCUGGACUCGCUGACCUCUGCGAUCGAGAGAUUAUCGUCGAUCGCACCGAGAUUACACGAUCAGAGAGUCGAACUGAAGUUGAAGCUAAAAUCUCCUCGAGGAGUAGUGGAUGAGAGGAGCAUGAGUAAAGAAGAUAAGAUGAAAUUGGAAAGGCAGAAGAUGAAGGAAUUAGAGGAGAUCUGGGAUAAGAUUGAGAGGGCACAUGGGAAAAGGAGGAUCAGGGUAGAAGAUGGUCAGAGAGCUGAUGGAGAUGGAUGGGAGAAGAGGACGAGAGAACGGUUCAUGAAUCGUAUUGUCGAUCAAGCGGAAGCUAGAAGAUUGGAAGAUCAAGAUUCCAUGAUGGGCAGUGUAGAUGCUGAGUUAGCAAGAGCCAGAGAUCUCAGAGAUAGAGAUCACUUCCUACGUGAUUUGAUGGAUCAAUCGGGAGAACGGAGAUUAGAUGAGCAAGAUGCGACUGUUCCAAGGGUAUUUGACCGAAGAGCAUCCUUGAUGGAAACUUUGAUGGAUUACUCUUCCUCAGGUAGAUUACACGAUCAAGACUCCUUACCCCCUACACCUCGACAUGGUGUUAAUGGAGAGAAAGUGGAAGAUCCUUUCGAACUUGUUACCGUCCAAGAUUUUCUAUUGAGUGUAGGUCCUGAUCGUAGGCGUUCAAUAGGCGGCGAUGCGUUACUUCGAUCUUCCAGUGGUGAAGGGAGUGUAGAAAUGGGCAGAUCAAGAAGUAAUUCUGUACCUCUCGAAGAUGGCUUGAGCAAGAAGAGCACUUCAGGAAGAAGUACUCCUACUGCAUUCAGGAAGCUCGUUGGGCUGGUAAGAAGAGGAAGUGUCCAGUCGGGGCUAAAAGCUAGUAAUGGUUUUGAAAUGAACAACAUCGCAUACGUCGCCGAACACCAAGAGAACCUCCGUUCCGUGCAAAUCACUUUACACGGUGUCGGCAUCUCGUCAAACCUGGAAUUGCAAGUCGAAAGUACUUCUUCAGAUGACGAGGAAGGUAUCAUCACUUCUAGGAAAGAUCCCUCAGUAUCCAUUCGAAUCGCCUUACCCGCUCCGGUCGAGCCUGGACAAUCAGUGAUAUUCACUGCUCAAUCACUGUAUCUCGAAGCUAAACUCAUCGCUCAACCCUUGCCUCCUGCUGCAGCAUCCCUUUUGCCCACAUACCCGCUAUCUGCACCAGAACUACGCUAUAUGCAAGCCAGAGCGCUUUGCUGUACUUCGUGUGAUCGCGAAUUAUCCACUCUACCAUACGGUCAUUGGGACACGUCGUAUAAAGAUCUACCGAGUGAGCACUGGGCGGAGAUGAUGGAAGUUUGGAUGUGUCAUAACGACCCUUCCUUCACUGCUCGACUUGCUGAACGAACCAAGGAAGGAUUCUGGCCUCAGGAUGGGGGUGUCUUAGUUGGCGGUAGUUAUCUGCUAGUCGGGAAGGAAAGGGUGAAACAGGGCACCAUCCACGUUGAGAAUGGAAAUGAUAGCGAACCAUGGAAUGUCGUCUCCUGCCAUUGCGGAGAAAUUUUGGGCAAACAGCGGGCAAACGAUGAUAAGCCAGGUCACGAAACUGUCAGAUUCUCGAAAUGGGCUGUAUCUCUCCUAGUGGAGAAUGAGGAGGAUGAUAAGAUCGAAUGCAUCCGAUCCCCACUUUCUGUCUUCGUCAUCUCGGACAUGCUCGAAUUGUCCCAAGCUCAUGCUAGUCAUCGAUUCAUAAUCUCCGAAGAGGAAACGGGCGAUAAGAAAAUUUACUUAUGGUUAUUCAACCCUUCCGUGAAAAUGUCGUACGCUCGACCAAGCGAUUCAUCCCCUUUGCCAUCGCCGUUACGUAAAUCCAUAACGAUAGAACACAACGAGAGGAAUAGGAUUUCGAGAAGAUCUUCAAUAGCAUCUUCGAUAGGAGGUAAACAACCUUCUCAACCUUCAAAUCAUAAUGGUUUGGGUGCCGGUACGAAUCAGAAAGUACUGCGGGCUUCAAAGAUUAUGUACAAAGUGGUUGAACCGUUAUCAGAGAAUGAUUUCGAAAGUCUACCUGGAUUUGGACCGGGUGGUCAAGUCGAGUCGCUCUCAUAUCCUUCAAAUGUCUGCGAAAGAUUGAUCGGGACUUUGAGAGAAAGCUCGGCGGUUUACCCAAUAGGAAGGAGGUCAAUGGGAGCUUUCGAUGUAGGAUUCUUGGAAAGGAAGUAG